AUGUCUAGAAGGUGCUUUUGGGUCGCAUAUGACAUCGACCGUGUUGCAGCUUUCACCCUCGGUCGCCCAGUGGGUAUUCAGGAUGAGUUGAUCGAUGCAGAGACGAAAAUAUUAAUCGCAGUGGUAUACUGGCGAGCCCCCCGCGCUACUGAUGACCAGGUGCCAACCAUCAUGACCGGAACACUUCAUGUCAUCAAAUUAAGACAACUAUGGGCAAAAUUCCAUGCCAAUCUCUAUUCACCCCAACUACAAUACGCCACUACGGGGAGUCAGUUUGCCACUGUUGACAGUCUACGCCAAGAAUUGGAAGAAUGGCAUGCAUCAGCUCCCACACACCUGGACUAUGCAUCCUCUCAUCCCUUAUCGGUGUUUGCAUCAAAUGAAUGGUUCCAGAUUGCCUACAAUCACUCCGUCCUGAUCCUUUAUCGCUUAUACAUCACUGGGAUCCUGGGGAAACGACGACAAGGAUCUGGCCAAAACGAGUCAAACAACACCAACCACAUUGAAGAAGAAGAGAACCUCCAGAGAGCAUUCGAAAAUUGUUCCCGCUGUGCUCGUGAGAUAUGCGUGCUCUAUCGUCGGAUAUACCAGAAAUCAACUGUUCAGUUCACCUGGGGUAGUCUCCAUAUUCUGUUCCUAGGUGGGCUGACAUAUUUGUAUUGUCUCUGGCGAUCGUGGCGGGUACGCCAGCAGACUAAGCAGAGCGAGGUAAUAAAUACAUGUAUGGCCUGCACAACAGUUUUGGUGAUUAUAGCUGAGCGGUGGAACUUGGCUACAUCUUAUCGCGAUAUUUUCGAAACACUUUCUGAAAAAACCAUCAACAUGAUCUGCGGAAAUGAAAAACUCGCUGGACCGCUCCCUCCACAGUCACUAUGGUUUGCUCCAUGCGACACACUUCCUCCUGGUCUGUUGUCAAGAGACUGGGGCUUAGGUUUUGAGGAUUUAUCCAUGCCUGAAGGUUCUGACUGGUUUAUUCAAGAGUUUUUACAGGAAUUUCCAGAAUCCUGA